AUGUCUUUACCUCAGAAACGUUACUUUCGUCAACGUGCUCAUGCUAACCCGUUUUCGGACCACCAUCUUGAUUAUCCAAAAAGUCCUGCUCACAUAGACUGGUCGUCACAUUAUCCCGCCUUCUUUACGUCCCAAACAACUGAAGAGUCAACCUCGUUAUUGUCUUCUACCCGGGAAGACACGAAACAAUCACUUUCUAUUUCUACCAAAUCUAGUAAUUUAUUAAUUGAUGAAUCUCUGAUAAAAUCGCAACGAAAAGUGGAGUUUGCAGAUCUUGGAUGCGGAUACGGUGGACUAUUGGUCGCGUUAUCUACUUUGUAUCCUGAUACUUUAUUGUUGGGAAUGGAAAUACGCGUAAAAGUAGAAGAAUACGUUCGUGAAAAAAUUCAUGCAUUACGCUUACAACAUCCUGGGCAAUAUCAAAAUAUUUCAAUUAUACGAAUGAAUGCGAUGAAGUUUUUACCGAAUUUUUUUGAGAAAGGACAGUUAUCAAAAAUGUUUUUCUUAUUUCCAGAUCCACAUUUCAAAACGCGUAAACACAAGGCACGGAUCAUCACAACGCAACUUUUGGCUGAAUACGCAUAUGUGCUUCGUGUCGGUGGAAUAAUAUACACGAUAACAGACGUCAAAGAAUUGCAUGAAUGGAUGGUGAAGCAUUUAAAUGAGCAUCCGUUAUUUAAACGGAUACCUGAAGAAGAAACCAAUAAGGAUCCAGUGGUAUUUCAUGUAAGUCAAUCAACAGAAGAAGGAAAAAAAGUGGAACGCAAUAAUGGGGAAAAAUUUUUAGCCUGCUAUGUGCGAAUAGAAGAUCCUUAUCGCAUGCAAGAGAAUUCUUGA